CUCCACAACCACCACCCACAUCGUCACAAUGGCUCUCGGACCUUCUGACAUCCACGCAAAGACCAAGACCACAUGGCACAUCGGCUCAUGGGGUAACCCCUACGAGGGUGGUGGCCGACCCGGAAAGGGCGUCGUCACCUACGCACUGAGCCCCAACCGUCAGCGCCCCAUGGCCACCUUCAUCGGCAAGGGCUUCUGGAACGUCGUGCGCCGCUCGAGGAACCAGGUCCUCUACUUCAUCCCACCUCUGGCCAUCGCAUACGGCACUAUGCAGUGGGCUAUCGAGAAGAACGAGUUCCUCAACUCCAAGACUGGCCGCGCCCUGUACGGCGACGAGGAGUAAGCGAGCGGAGAAGAAGAGCGAUGAAGGUGGGUGUAUAGUAAGAGGAGUUGGAGGGAGGAAGCGG